AUGUCCACCUCACCUCUGGACCGUCAAGAUCCGACACCGGCCCGCGCAAGGCUCCCACCGACGCAAACCGCCGUCGAAGAAGCAAAGCUCGACAGACGGAGACACGAGUAUGCGAUUCUGACGGACGCGCUGAGGAGGGGUAUCCCCGCCGUCCGCAUCCCGUUUCUGUUGGCGGCUGCUCGGCCUCGCUCUGUCGCUGUUGAUCCUUACACUGAGGUGCAUGGGUAUGGGUAUGGGGUAUACCCCCAUCUACGGGGGAGUUAUCGAGCUACAGUGCCACUGCCGCAGCCGCAGCCGCAGCCGCAGCCGCAGAGCAUGCUCGCCGGGAGACACGCGCAGAGACAGAGUGCGCACGCGGCUGAUCUGGGCCAUCGGGUGGCGUAUGGCCUUGGUAGACGGCGGGUCCUGCUGGAUGAUAGCUUCCUGCGGCGGGCGUAUAAGCGGCGGUCGUGGAGUAGUGGUGUGAGGCCUGGUUCGGGAGAUAUCAUGGCGCUUCAGACCGUUGUCAUUGCCGUGCUCGCGGCAGUGUACUUUCUCAUGCGCUACCUGAAUCGCACGGAUAUCCCCAAGAUCAAGGGCCUUCCAGAGAUUCCCGGAGUGCCUCUGUUUGGCAAUCUGCUGCAGCUCGGCGACCAACAUGCCACCGUCGCGGCCAAAUGGGCCAAGAAGUACGGUCCUGUGUUCCAAGUGCGCAUGGGGAACAAGCGCAUCGUAUUUGCCAACAGCUUCGACUCGGUGAAACAACUGUGGAUCAAAGACCAGUCCGCCCUCAUCUCGCGGCCCACCUUCCACACCUUCCACAGCGUCGUUUCCAGCUCGCAGGGUUUCACCAUUGGCACCUCGCCCUGGGACGAGUCCUGCAAGCGACGGCGAAAGGCGGCGGCCACGGCGCUGAAUCGCCCCGCCGUGCAGUCGUACAUGCCCAUCAUCGACCUCGAAGCGACGGCCAGUAUCCGGGAGCUGCUGAAGGACUGCCGCAACGGCGCGGUGGACAUCAAUCCGACGGCCUACUUCCAGCGGUUUGCGCUCAACACCAGCCUCACGCUCAACUAUGGGUUCCGCAUCGAGGGCAACGUCGACGAUGCCCUGCUACGGGAGAUUGUCGACGUCGAGCGCGGCGUGUCCAACUUUCGCAGCACCAGCAACAACUGGCAGGACUAUAUCCCGCUGCUGCGCAUGUUCCCCAAGACCAAUCGCGAGGCCGAGGAAUUCCGCGUCCGUCGCGACAAGUACCUGACGUACCUGCUGGAUAUGCUCAAGGAACGCAUCGCCAAGGGCACGGACAAGCCAUGCAUCACUGGCAACAUUCUCAAAGAUCCCGAAGCCAAGCUGAACGAGGCCGAGGUGAAAUCCAUCUGCUUGACCAUGGUAUCCGCCGGUCUGGAUACGGUGCCGGGCAAUCUGAUCAUGGGCAUCGCCUACCUGGCAUCCGAGGACGGCCAGCGCAUCCAGCAAAAGGCCUACGAAGAGAUCAUGAAAGUCUACCCCACCGGAGACGCGUGGGAAAAGUGCCUGGUCGAGGAGAAAGUGGCCUACGUCACGGCUCUCGUCAAGGAAACCUUGCGAUAUUGGACCGUCAUCCCCAUCUGCCUGCCCCGCGAGAGCACCAAGGACAUUGUCUACAACGGUGCCACCAUUCCCGCCGGAACGACCUUUUUUAUGAACGCAUGGGCCGCCGACUACGACGAAGAACACUUCAAGAUGCCCGACAGGUUCAUUCCCGAGCGGUACCUCGACGUCAGCGAAGGCUCGGGCACCCCUCACUACGGCUACGGUGCUGGAUCGCGCAUGUGUGCCGGCUCCCAUCUGGCCAACCGGGAGCUGUACACCGCAUACAUCCGCUUGAUCACGGCCUUUACGAUGCAUCCCGCGCGCGAUCCUGCUGACCGGCCGAUCCUGGAUGCUAUCGAGUGCAAUGCGAUUCCCACGGCGUUGACCACGGAACCUAAGCCGUUCAAGGUUGGGUUCAAGCCCCGGGAUGCGUCGAAGCUGCAGCAAUGGAUGGCCGAGAGCGAUGAGCGGACCAAGGAAUUGUGA